GGCAAAAACUUGUCUUCUCGUUGUAGGCUUGUAAAUUGUAAUCUCAUAUUCUCAUUUUAUCUAUCCAUUUCCAUAUUUCCAUCCACAAUAAACCCCUCUUCUCUUUCUCCCAUCUCUUUCCCCUUCCUUUCUCUCAAAACCCCCCAGAAAACCCUUAAACCCUCACCACCAUGGGAGAGGGAAAGCAAGGUUUAAUAGUGGCAGAAUCACCCAAGGGUAUUAUAAUCCAACAAAACCCAAUUACCCAAAUUCAAUCCAAAAUCAAAGAAGUUGAAAUAAAGGUUAAAUCUUGGCUUUCUAAACAAUCUCUUCCUGUUGAAGCUGUUGUUGUUACAGCAGGUGGGGCCACUCAAGGUGCUCUUAUUGGUGCUCUUAUGGGUACUCUUACUCAGGACAUGCCUUCUGCCAUGCCUAUGCCUCCUCCUACUCCUGGCCUUGACCCUAAAACUCUUGCUAGUAUGCAACAAGCUCAGGCUCUUUCAGGGGGGCCAUUAGUUCAAGCUCGCAACUUUGCUGUCAUGACAGGUGUCAAUGUUGGCAUCUCUUGUGUCUUGAAGAGAUUGAAAGGGAAGGAGGAUGUAUGGUCCAGCAUGAUAGCAGCAUUUGGUUCUGGAGCCAUGUUUUCUUUGGUUAGCGGAAUGGGUGGUCCAAACCAAAUUCCCAAUAUGGUCUCAUCUGGAGCCUUCUUCGCCCUUGCCCAAGGAGGAAUCUACAAGCUGGGAGAGAAGUUCUCUAAACCAGGGGUACCCGAUGAUGAUCCAUUCUAUGCAAAUACAAGAAGCAUGUUGAUCACCCUUGGCCUUCAGAGCUAUGAAAAGAACUUCAAAAAAGGCAUGCUAAAUGACCGUACAUUGCCUUUGCUAACUGAUAGUGCGCUUAAAGACGUAAACAUUCCUCCUGGACCAAGACUUCUCAUUCUCGACCAAAUUGAAAGGGAUCCCUUGCUUAAAGAGAGGCGAAGAAAGUAGUGAACCUAUCCUAUUGUCAGACUAGUUUUCUGGGCAAAGAAACACCAUUUAUUGGUAGAAGGGAGGGAAUAAACUCCUUUACUGUAGAGGGUAUUUCAUUUUGAAGUAGAUUGUUUGUUCUUGAAUGUUUUUAACUACGAGUAUACUGUAGUUACUUUGGUUUCUUAUUCAUGAAUGUGAUCAACUAGGUUUUUGACGCUA